ACCAAUUUGGUGCAGUGUACAGCGUAUGGUCUGAGCACUGCCCUUCAACCUCUGCAGCAAUGCUUGCAGCAUUCAUACGUCUAUUUUCCAAAGACAACCUCUGGAUAUGACGCUGAACACAUGCACCUAACUUCUUUGGUCGACCAUGGCGAGGCCUAUUCUGAGUGGAACCUGUCCUGUUAAACCGCUGUAUGGUCUUGGCCACCGUGCUGCAGCUCAGUUUCAGGGUCUUGGCAAUCUUCUUAUAUCCCAGGCCAUCUUUAUGUAGCGCAACAAUUCUUUUUUUCAGAUGCUCAGAGAGCUCUUUGCCAUGAGGUGCCAUGUUGAACUUCCAGUGACCAGUAUGAGAGAGUGAGAGUAAUAACCCCAAAUUUAACACACCUGCUCCCCAUUCACAAUUGAGACCUUGUAACACUAA